UGUGACUGAUACCCCUUCUACUACAGGUUGACUUGGCAUGGGCCUGCCUACCUGCCGCCCGUUGCCCCGCUUCCAUUACAACGCGGACUCUCGCGGCAGGUGCACCAACACCAACUGCCUUUAACACUCGGUAUUAUUCACUAUUCACCUGUGUCCACCGCAAACUCUCUUCCACAUUUUAUAUCACAUAUCAUUCAGUUCGCCUUUGAUCAAACUUUUUACUCGAUAAAUUUUUGUCACCCAUCAGUGCUCGAUUAUUUCCACUGUCCAAUAAAAUUCCUAGUGUGUAAAUUUUUAUAAAAAUUAUCAAACAAAUUGAAUUGUGGUGGACUAAUUUUCAAGUUAGUGUAGUUUUUUAAAAUAUUUAAUAAUAAAUAUAUUUUUGCGUUUAAAAAAAUAAAAUGAAAUAAAAAGUGAUGCGUAUUUUCUGAGUAUGAUGACAAAGUGUGCCUUAUCACUGUACUUGAGCUAGUAAAACUGAGUCAACUUGGAUUAUAUCAGCGUACAGGUUUUAUCUCUCUUGAAACUCGCCGCUUUUAUUUUAUUUUUUAUUUAUAAUAUUAUUAUCAUUAUUACGAGUUGUAAUUUGUAUUGUGUAAAUGCGGGAUAUUUUUGUUGUGCGACACGUGCGAUAACUGUUCAGUGAUAGGACUGAGACUUACUUUAUUGUAUUUUGAUACAAGUAUAGGUAUUUUGAAUCCUGUUCUCAAGAUUUUAUUCUGUUUGUAAGCUAGGGUUGUGAGUGAGAGUGAUAGGAGUGAUAGCAGGUGAUUAACUAAUUGACAAACUGGACAUAUUGACUGCUACUGAUAGACGACCGACGGAGUGGAGAUGUCCGAGGGUCGUUGAAAGAAUGAGGGAAUUGGACACCGAGAGUCCUGUCGUUUGGCCGGCUUGGUGUUAUACUGGUGAAGUAUCGAGUGAUACCGUGUCAACAGGAACGGUACCACGAGGUGGAGAACGCGUGGAAGCUGCAGAUUUAGGCCAGCACACGGAUAAGUUUGACGAGAGCACCCUGGCCGCUAACACAGCGAUCGACGCGAGGGGGGGAAGCCCCCAGGGUGCCCAUCUUUCGGGGGCUGUUACUCCGCGACCACCCAGAGGUCGGAGGAGGCCCAAUCAGAACGGACUUGACACUACUCAGGUUAAGACGGAGCGUUUAACGCCAGACAACAAUUCGACAUCGUCGAGGAGUGUGACACCGUCUACUUCGAGUCACCCUGGCACGCCACCCAAUGCUGUGGCACUGGGAGGACCAGAAGGUCCACCCGCGCCUCAUCAUCUCAAACAUAUGGAACAGAUGAUGGGGAGGAAUUACAGCGACUUUAUGAGAAGUCUUGCUGCCAAGUACAAUAACGCCAAUCCUAACGAUUACUUUAGUUCUCCUCGCAACGGAUACCCUCCAGGCUUCGACCCGCGGUUUCCUGGCUUCAAAGCAACAGCCACCCCCUUUGUCGGCCUAAUGGCGCCUCUUGGAACUCACCCCCAGCCUCCAACAGUCCCUAGUUCCUCUCCUCUCACUGGCAAAGAGCCAAAAGAGCCAAAGCAGGACUCGCUCUUUGGAAACCCAGUUUUCCCACCAAUGUUGGACAUGUCCUCGACCCAAGCGUUGUUACACAUGGUUCGAACAGCGAACGCGGCUCAAAACGCUGCGGAACUAGAAACUUACCUCAAAGGUGCGAAUAAACGAGACGUAGGAGUGACGAGUCCUCUGGAUUUGUCAAGCCCCGGGGGGUUUGCGCCUCGAAAGCGGCCCAGAAUUGAGACCAAGAGGCCGGGAAGUGUCUCGCCGAAACCAAAACCAGCGACAGCUGCGCCUCCUAGGUCGAGCACACCGCCACCGGUGAGAUGUCCUUCACUCUGUGGACACAUGCCCUGUGGCGAUGGCCAGGCUGUCAAUCGGUGGAGCAUUGAAGACGUCGUUAACUAUGUCUCCUCGAUCGACAUCUGCGCGGAGUAUGCACAGAAUUUCCAAGAGCACCGCAUAGAUGGCGCCUCGUUGCCUCUUCUGUCGGAGGAGCACUUGACGGGGCCAAUAGGAAUGAAGCUAGGUCCGGCAUUGAAGCUCCGCGCCAUGUUAGCAAGGAAGUUGGGCGCCUGUACAGUGUGUCUUCAUUGCGCCCACUGCCACCAGACGCCGCUGCCGGUUCUUAAUGUAACGGCGAACGCAACUAAUAGCACGGCAAAUAAUGUCAAUGCUGGCAACAUCAACGCUACUGCUGGCAACACGACUGCUGGGGCAAUUUCGAUGCAAACGACAGCUGGGAGGCGCCCCAGCAGCACUGGAAAUUGACAAACAAUGGCGGAGACUCCUGGAUUCAUCAGCGUUGACCCGAAUCGCGCUCUCAGGAUCGAGAGACGGAUUUCUCGGCCUGUCAGAAAGCCAGAUAUCGUUUUUAAAAAGCCUAUUAAACAAUAACAAUAAUAAAAAUGAGGAUUGUUGUGAUUGUUUUUGUUUUUGUUUAGGAGACUCCGCCCAAUUCAGUACCUAAUUUAGUUGUUAUUAUUGAUAAUUUAAUUUUAUUGGUUAAUGUUAUUGUAAUGUUAAUGUUGAGAGGUUAAGAAUGUGUGAGUGCCUUUAGUAAGGGAUUAUUGACAAGAGUUAUACAGAGAUAAAUAAAAAAUAUCAAUAUUAUGUAUGGUCAAACUAAAAAGCUUUGACUAGAAACUUGUUAAUUUAAGAAAAAAAAUUUUCUUAGAAUUUGAUAAUUCAUUUUUUAGAAGAGAAAUAGGAAGUUUUAUGUCUGAUAAGAUUUUUCAGAGGUUAGUUUUUGGUUUUAGCGUUAGAGGGCCUACGGCUCUCGUAUCCAGAAAAUUUUAACCAGAGUAUAUAGUAGACUUGCGAAGAAAACCCGACUACUUGCUUUUCUAGUUUAUUAUUAAAAUUUGUUUAGUUAUGAUGUUUUAAGACUCUUUCAUAAAAUUUAGCUUGAUAAAAAAAU